UGAUCCCCCUGCCCCUCGGCACGGACACGCUGUGGUUGCAGUCGGGACCAAACUCUUCAUCCACGGAGGUUUAGCUGGUGACGUGUUUUACAACGAUCUCUUCUGCAUCGAUACGAGUAAGUGACAUGAGGUGGGUUAAGAUACCGGCCACCGGUGACAUCCCAGGAGGACGGGCAUCCCACUCGUCAGCUGUGUUUAGAGACCACGUGUACAUUUUUGGUGGAAUAGGUCCAGAGGGGACACUAGAUACAACCUACAAGUAUCACACAGAGAAGCAGCAGUGGACGCUCCUCCGCUUUGAUUCUCCUCUGCCUGCCGCGAGGCUGGACCACGCCAUGUGCGUCGUUCCCUGGCGGGCUGGCGAUAGCGGGGACAGGGCAGCUGCCGCGGGGACAGACAGAGCUGGGAAGGAGCCGCCUCCAUCAGCAGGCGACAAAACCGGCCCCCUCCCGAAGGGCCGAGAGGAAGAGGAGGGGCGUGCUGAAGGCAUCGUGCAUCUGCUGUUGGUAUUUGGUGGGAUGGACACACAGGGGGAGAUCCACAGGGACUGCGUCGUCACGCUGAUCGAGUAGCUGAGCCGCUGUCCGGCCUUUUCUACGGAUUUUAUACAACUGUCACGUUAAUUCUCCUUCCCAAUAAACAAGUUCUUGUCCCCCAAGGGACAGCGCUGGGUCCCGAGGCACAGGCGCCUUCUCUGUGCACAGCCCGGGGGGUGGGACACAGGAGCCUGGGUGGGGUUGGGACAUGUCUGGGUGCUUUGCUGCCAGGAAGCUCCCUCCCUGGUAAAAUAAAAAAA